GGGAGGGAGAAAAGGGGGUGGGGGAAAUGAAAUCAAGGGUUGGAAUGAAACUAGUGACCUGGACUUUGACUUAGGAACAGCUGAGCAUCCCAAUAUCUGGGCUGUGUAUUGCUCCUAUGGGUGUUCUCAUAUUCCCCGGUUAUUUUCCUUCUUCCCAUGAAAAUCUUUUACUUGUUGAUAGCGAGCUUAGGAACUGAGACUGACACUUUGCCCUCCACCUCAGCACUUGCCUGUUGUUUAGAGGAACAGGUCAUCUUGUCCUUGGCUUCAAACAUGUGGAGAACACAGAUUUAAUCUGAUGAUGCUGUUGUACUUUAUCCCCAGCAGGCACCCCAAGAUCUGGGGUCUAGAUAUGUACAAAGCUCCUCAGUGCUCUCUAGGUAAGCCAUUACCUUACUUGGCUUAUGCCUGUUUCUAAAGGCUCACAGUAGCUCUCGCUGAAAUGGAAAGUUUGUGAAGUGUCUGGCGGUGGUGUCUGGUGUGGUGCUUCCACAAGUAAAGCAGAACAAACCACCAGUGGGGACAGCAAGGCUAAGUUCCCACUUCUUUUAAAAGCUGCGUUAUCUUUCGUCCUCUUUGGCCUUUAUGUCAGGUAUGGCCAUGGUUCAAGUGCACAGGAGCAUAUUCUGCUUCAGUGGAAGUUUGGCUGUGCGAGGGAGCUAAAGAAAUGCUGAUUUUAAUGAAGGAGAUUCAAAGUAGAGAGUGGCUGCCCCAACCUAGGUUUAGUGGGAGUCAAAGGCUGAAAGAAACCCAAGCCAGAAGCACAUGGGCUUGGCAGCUGAUAUACUUCAUUUCGAAGAUCACAGUUAGAAAAUAAUGGUCGAUCCAGUAGCUCACCUGCCUCUGGUUUUGCUGUACACUAUGAGAAGCGAUUACAACCCUGCUGUUUGUUCACAAGCACUCACUCAUGACAGCGUGGACCUAACUGCAAUACCUCUCCGCUGUUUUGCUUUGUUUUGUUUCUAGAAAGGGGAGGAAGGAAGAAGGUGGCACAGACAAAGGCAACCUCCUCACACCUGCCGUCGGAGCGAGCCCAGCCAUGGAGCCGCACCCCAGGCUCCAGCUGUUCCCCGCGGAGAGGCGGUGCGGGCGGAGCGGCGGCUGCGUUUCCAUGAGUCACUCCAGGACUUUCUGCUGCCUGCCGUGAGGUGGGGAGGGGGUACCUCUGUGCCGACGUCCUACUCCGUGAUGUGAGGCACAGACAUGCUCAGUAGCUGGUGCCUACCCCUCCUCUCUCGGCAACAGUGCCUACAACGCUGAGAGACCGCUGGCAGCCGGAGCGGGGCCGGAAAGCCAUCUUUGCGGGAGCGGAGGCAGCGGCGGUCGGGAGCCAUGUCUGCUCCAGCUCCUACCCAAGGACCCACCGGUGCUGGAGCUGCAGGACCACCUCCUGCUACCAAUGUGUCAAGUAACAAACGGCUGCAGCAGACGCAAGCCCAAGUGGAUGAAGUGGUAGACAUCAUGAGAAUGAACGUGGACAAGGUGCUAGAAAGAGACCAGAAGCUGUCAGAGCUUGACAACCGGGCAGAUGCAUUGCAAGCAGGUGCCUCACAGUUUGAAACCAGCGCAGCCAAACUGAAGAGAAAAUAUUGGUGGAAAAAUUGCAAGGUAAGGAGUAUAAGGAUCUCUUGUUAAGACAUUACCUUCUCUUGCAUGUAUUGGGACUUUGUUUGUAAGAUGGGAUCUUUAAAUGGUCUUUUAUCAAGGGGAGAAGUAAGUGCCUUGCCCUCUAUGUUGCAUGACCACAAACCACUGUGAGAAGUGAGGAAAUGAUAGUGUCUUUUAAAGUGGGUUAGAUUAGGACAGAGCAGAUCUUGAAUCAACCAUCUGUCUUCCCUACUGUCCUCAAAGUCUCAUUCUUUCCCUUAAGCUGAGGGAACCACUCUCUCCUCUGCCAUUUCAGACCACUUCCACCAGCAGGAUAUGAAUAUUGUGGUAAAAGUUCACCUUAUUUCCCAUUUUUCUUCAACAAUAUCUUUGCUGCUGACUACUGAUGGCCACUCAAAUAAUAUAACCUGUUCCCAAAGGAGAAUCCAAAAUGCAUUUUUAUUAAUCUGUUGUUGCUUGCUUUAUCUCUUCAGUCCGCAGUGCUAUGAUGUGUAAAGCAAGGCAGAAUAUUCUGUUUAAACUACAUACACAAGCACUCCAGAAUGAAGUAGAUCUAGGUUAGAAACUCAGCUAAGCAGUUUCUCUGGGCCUAUUCUAAACUGUUACCCAGUUGUUUUGCCCAGGUAUGCAGGAAGCAGAGCAUUCUGGACCUACAGACCCAGAUUUUUAACUAGGUUCACCCACACUGAAUGCAGUCACUAUAGUGAUCUAUACCACACUAGACCUUCAAACCAGCUCUCAUUCUCCUUUCAUUCUCCUUUUCUCUAUAUGCUGACAAGCAGAACCCUUCUUUCUUUUCUAUGACUUCCAGUCUCCAUUAAGUAGGGAGAGUAAUAAAUAGAUUUCCUGCAAAUCAGCAAUUUUUCUGUCCUCUAGACUUGUGUUGG